UUUCCGGUCGAUUUGCAACGAGUAUUGAAAUACUGGAAGAAUCGAUAACAAAUCCUGGAAUGGAAGCCAGUCACAAAUAUCUUAUUUACAUUCAUAAUAAUCAAUCGCCGCAAAUUUUUGCAACGUCCAGAAAAUAUCUCUGGUGUUUCAGUUACAGAUGAUCAAUGUUGGAAGGAUGGUAUUGCCGGUCCAUCGCAAACAACAACGCAGAUGCAGAGGAUGACGACGAAGACAGUCCAGAGGAAGAGGCUCCGAAUUACAAGGCACAGUACAGAAGCCUAAAACGUAAACUGAAGUUUCUCAUUUACGAAAAUGAAUGUUUUCAAGAAGCUCUGAGAUCGACGCAAAGGAAAUUACUAAAAGUGAACAGAGACAAGAGUUUUCUACUCGAUCGAUUACUACAGUAUGAAAAAGUUGACGCUUCUUUUACCGAAAGUGAUGAAACUGAAUCAUCCGAUGACGAAGUCUCUAGACUUGAUACUUCCAAAAGAAAAAAAAUUGAGGCAAACGUUAACAACCAUUCGGUUCAUCAUCAAUCAGCACCCAUGAAACCUCUCAGUACUAGUAAAAAGAAGAAACCAGUUCCCAAACCACCCAAGGCACAGAAUACACCUGCAGUGCAUUCAUCCAAUAAUAUGCUACCCAUAUCGUUGAUGUCCGACGGUCAUAUGACACCAGAAGAAGUAGAACGGCACUUAGAAUCACGCCAGACAUACCUCGAACUUGUUCCAGAAAAGGCACCGCCCACAGUACCCACAGAAAUGUUCAGCAAUGAUCCUUCACUGGACAGUUGUAUCGUUUUUCAGUGAGUCCAAUGAAGUCGGAGAACUGGAGACAUCGCCAAGCAAUAUGGGUGAAGAUUGCCUCAGUGUGGACAUGACAGCUGAGUGAUCUACAGUCACUUAUAGUUUACUAAUAAAUUAUAAAUUGCACAUUCAAUUCAUACAGUUAUCUUUAUUUUAUUCGAAUAAUUUAAUUGUAUCCAUUAUAAUAUAAAUGAAAUGAAUCUUUUUACAUAAGAACGGAACUUGUUAUUCGUACUCAUUGAAUGAUUUUCUCACAUCUUUCAAUAAUUUCCUCCAGAUAAUUUGCGGCAACAGCCAUAGAGAAGUAUCAAAGCAAUUAAAGAAACGACUCCGUGCUGAAUGAAAUGUUAAACGAAUUUUACGAUGAUAAAUGACUUAGUCCGGCGCGU